AUGCAGACAACGCGCGUCACACGCAGCACCGUCCUUGGGAAACGUGGCCACCAAGACCAGGAGUCCACACCGCGCACAAAAGCUGUUGAGCAGCUUCACACUCCAGAGUCCACACCCAAACCAAAGCGCGCAAGGACGGUCACGAUCGUUGUCGAUGGCGAGGGAAACAAGGAAAAUAUUCCUCCCUUCAAGCCCGAGCCUGUCAGCGCGCCCUCGUCCCCAAUCUCGGCUAGAGCCGCCAGGGCGAUUCGCAGGACAGUCACAGAGGGCAACCUCAGCUCACCCUCCCGCCAACCAAUUCGCCGACGAGCGUCUGCAUCUACUAUUCCCUCUACACCCACACGCGAGGUCGCCGACCUAGCCAUCGCUACACCCCCUCCUACCCCACCAACCGCACUACUGCCACUACAUGCACGGGUCAAGGCACAGCUCAGAGCCACUUGCAACAACGCCGAUAUGUCCAUGGCCGGUCGUGAGGCUGAAAAAGCCACCAUUCAGCGUUUUCUCGACGCCUUUGUCGACGACGCCAGCAUGCAAGAUGACACGCCCACAAGUUUGUUUAUUUCCGGAUCACCCGGCACCGGAAAGACUGCCUUGGUCAACUCGGUCGUCCAAAACAUCGGAAAAGACACAUCAAUCGUGACCGUCUUUGUCAACUGCAUGACUCUCAAGACCGUCGAUGCCCUCUUGAACCAAUUCGCCGACGUCUUGCGUUCGAAGCAAGGGCACACCAGUCGCGCCAAGAAGGCCAAGGUCCAGAAUGAUGUCAACUCUCUUCUGCUUUCCCUUGACACUAAAUGCUUGCUUAUUCUCGAUGAGCUCGACCACAUCGCUGCUAACUGGCAGUCAUUGUCCAGCCUAUUCGCACUUGCUGAAUCCACUUCUAACCUCCUCCGAAUUAUCGGCAUCGCCAAUACACACACCUUGACCGCCGAUUCCCCAACCUAUUCCCCCACUACUUCCUCUAUUCAGACCCUUCACUUUGCUCCCUAUACGCCCACCCAACUUCACAGUAUUCUUCAAGCUCGCCUUGCACCUCUUCAAGAGUCCUCGGAUUCUUCGGAGACGGUUGCGAACGACAUCAAGAAACUCCUUCCGAACCCUUCACUAGUCCUUCUCACCAAGCGCAUCGCCAAUCUUACUGGUGACGUCCGAAGCCUGUUCGAAGUCCUUCGCGGUGCCAUCGACCUUGCUGUCGCUGCAAGCAAGGCUACUGGGGAUGCUAAUCCAUUGAACACCCCUGCGCCCUCUGUCACUCCCCCACACAUCCUCGCUGCGCUCAAGGCCUAUGCUCCUGCCACCACCGCCAGCAAAACACCUGCGACAGCUGCAGCACCUUCCCCCAAUGCUGGAAACAGCGAAAUCAUUUCUAAAAUCCGCAACCUUGGUCUCCAAGCCCGCAUCGUCCUCCUUUCCAUCCUCCUUGCAGCUCAACGCCUGCAGGCUGGCCUUCCUCUCACCGUCUCGGCCUCACCUAGGAAGCCAUCUGCUUCUCCAGUAAAGCGCACCGUUUCCAUCUCCUCAUCUCCAACCACGACGUCAGGCGUCAGUAUCGACACGCAACAACUGUUCAUUUUCUACAAUAACGUCCUCGACCGAAGCGAGCUUGGCGCUUUCGACGCUGUCUCGCGCAGUGACUUUGGCGACUUGCUUGGAGUCUUGGAAGGUGUCGGCCUCGUUCAGAUGUCUUCGUCAUCAUUGCCUUCUGGACCCUCUGGAGCAGGCAAAGGCAAGCGUGCUUUCGGUCGCACUGCGUCAUUCGGCGCUGGACUCGGUCGCAACGGUGCUGGAACGGUUGGCGAGGUGACGCUUGCUAGCGGUGUCUGGAUCACGGAGGUUCUCCGAGGAUUGGGCAUCUCAGAGUCCUCAUCCGAUGAUGCUGAUCUACGGAACGAAGAGGUGAAGGGACUCUGGUUGGCUGAAAGCAGUCGGCUCUCGAAGGAAAUGAAAUCUCUCGCUUCUGGGUCCUCUAAGGAACGAGCCGUCGCCAGCUUCGAGGAUGCCUUUGAACGGUAA